ACUACAGGGCGGAAGGGGCGGGGCCGCAGCUUCCGGGCGGGCGGGAGGAUGGACCGGUUCGUGGUGCGCAGGCCGCGCUGCCCGGGAAGCCCCCAGCACACCGCGCCCGCCCCCCGCGCCUUCCGGCAGGCCACGAUCGAGUCCCUCAAGAGAGUUGUAGUUGUGGAAGAUAUAAAACGGUGGAAGUCUAUGCUUGAGCUUCCUGGGCAACCAAAAGAGAACUUGAUUGAAGCUUUGGAGGAGCUGAAAAAGAAAAUACCCUCCAAGGAAGUGUUACUUUCAACAAAAAUAGGUCACACAGUGAAUAAGAUGCGCAAACAUUCAGAUCACGAUGUAGCCACCCUCGCCAAAGAUAUUUACACGGAGUGGCGAACUUUCAUCAAAGACCAUUCAAACAAGCCCUCAAUAGAGGUCAGGAGCGAUCCCAAGACAGAGGCUUUCAGAAAGAAUGCGCGGAAGCUGCUUUGUGAAGCCCUGGAUCUAGAGAUUGAUCACCCACUGGCUGAAAAUAUUGAGCGAGAAGCUUUUCAUCUCUCUUCCCGUCUCAUUAGUGCACCGUAUCGCAGAACGGUGCGAGCUCUUGUCUUCUCAUUAAAGCACAAACCUGAAAUCCGAGCAGAAGUCAAGACUGGCACACUGACUGUCCCUGUGUUUGUACAGAGCCAUAAAAAGUGAGGUGUCGUGCUUGAUCCUGAGUGAGAACUUUAUGUGCCUACAUUUCUGUGGAACUGGGAGCCCUUUCUGUCAUGAGGGGCGUGCAGAAGUGCUGGCUGUGUGACUCAUUUGGCACCACUCUAUGAACAGGGCUGCUGAAGAACUAAUGAUGAAAGUGGUGCUGUAAAUCUGACUUGGUAGAAGUCUGUGUGGGCUUGUUGCAAGAAAAGUUUCUUCUUCUCUGCUAUUUUCCUGCUACAAAACCAUCCUUGCUGACUCACCCAUUUCUCACUUCUGCCCGUUUGUCAUACCUCAGUUUAGCUCCAUCUCUGAUGCGGAUCUUCAGGUGUAAUAAGCUGAAUAACUUAAAGGAGCAGCUCUGUGCUGUGCUGGUAGGAAAUACCGGCAAAUCAGGGUAAUCCAAGUGCAUAACUGCAAACUCGAGGUAACCCUAGAUCAGCCAUGUCUGCUGCAGCUGGGCCCUGCCUGUGGUGAGAGCUAGCUGUUUAGGCCCGCCAGGUGAUUCCCCAUUGCUCCAUUCCAAAAUAAGUUUCAGUAACUUGCUAACAGCAUUCCAUAGGCUCAGUCAUCCAUCAACGAUCGUGGGCAUUUUCUAAAGCCCUGGGGUGAAAAUCAAAAUGCCCUGGAGUAUAGGUGCUAUCUAAUGCCUCUGCUGGUUAUUGAGCAGCUUGCUUGAACCUCCAUAUCUCACUCAUUAUUCAAAUGUGGUGCUUGUUAUCAUGAAAAAGACUUGAAAUAUGUUUUCUAAAUAAAAUUAGGUUAUAAGCAAAAUAUUCCUUUUAAAGGCUUUUUUCCUCCAUCAGGAACGUGGUUCAGAAUGAUUGUAUGUACAAAUUUAAACAACAAACCAUUGUUUUAAUUCCUUCUA